AUGCCGCGUCGAAGCCGUCUAGUUGAAUACGACGAUGUCAUCGAAGACAUGGAGGAAGUGUAUCCCAGUCGAAUGAAGGGUGAGGUCCUGAUCGACCGAGAUGUACGCUACGGCCAUGGGCAUGGGCAUCGAAUGCCCCGUGCGCCAGGACCACCUCUAGCACCGGUCGCUGAGGUGCUCCCAGACCGUCGACACCGCAGAGGCCGCUCAAAGGCGGGGUACCCGCACGAAGACUUGGAGUACCUUCGAGACGACGUAUUGGCAGCCGAACGGCGCGCGCGGUUAGACCUGGAUGCAUAUCGCGCCGAAGGAGCCAGAAAGUAUCGAGAAGAGAGACAUAUCUCUCACAAGUCUCAGCCUCAGCUUCAACCUGGAUCUCGCGGCAGACGGCGUUCAAAGAUCUCGGAUGUCGAUGAAGUGUACUAUUCUCAUGAUGAUUCACACCAUGGCAUUACGGAAAGUGAAUCAGAUGAAAUGGAUGAGUAUAUCGAAGCAAAACGAUCAAUAUCUCGACAUGAGCUCGACGCACGCAAGGAGGCUCUACAGCGCAGUAAAAACCUGAAAGAGGAAAAGCGAACGCGGCAAUCGAGCUACGAUGAGGACAUGUACCCUAAGGGCAGCCGCGCGCCUGAGGAAUAUGCGAGAGAUAGAAAGGGUCCACCCCAUGAUAGUGUUCUGCGCCCACGCCACCGAUCACAUUAUCAUAUUGACCUCGUAGAGGAUGAGACCACUGAAAGCGACGAGAGUGUGGAUAUCGCUCCUACACCCGGCCGACAGGGAGUGGUACGGAGAACUCAUCUCGAGCAGAAGUAUUCUGCGCGCCGCCGAGCGGCGACCUCGUCUUUGUCGUCGCCCGAAUCUGCUGGAUCGUCUGAAGAAGAACUUCCGAGAGUACCCUUGCCAAUUCCCGUUCCGCCAGUCUACAAAGAAUCGCCCAGGAGGAUUAAACCUCUCGGCCAUGCACCAGUGCAUCAGAUACCUCGACCUCCUAGCCCGCCUAGCCCUCCCAGUCCGCCUAGUCCACCCCGAGUGCCGAGUGUAGAAACGGUUCUCAACGAGCGUGAGAUUCGUCAAAGGCGGAAGCAAGAGAAAGCAGCCGAAGAGAUUGAGGUCGCAAGACGGAGUAGGGAAUCACUUCAACUGUCGUCUGAACCUCACGCUCGAAGGAAGAAAGGAAAACAGAGAGCCAUAAUUGAGGAGCCAGAAGCUGCAGGACACAGGGAAAUCCUCAUAGAAGACGAGCGAGUUACCCCCAGGGUUGCGUACAAGGAGCGCGAGUUCAUCGGAGAAGAAUACCGGCAAGAACCACAACAUAUGCGCAGCUCGCCUCAAAGUGACAGCACAGAAGACUGGGCCAUUGUCCGAACACCAUCCUCCAAAUCGAAAUACAGUCCUGAAAUAGAAUCACCAUUUGUGGACGUCCGCGAGGAACUACGACAUCCCCGAUACAGAGACCGUCCUGCCAAAGUACCCGUUGACGAUAUUAGAGAGCCCAGACACAAGGGCGAUAUCCCAAGAGGCAAAGUAGGUCCGCGAUACAUUGGCGUCAAAAACCGCCGAGAUCGCCUCUGGACCGAGAUCACCAAGGACUUAGUUGUACGUGAAGCGAUAGAGCGCGCCGGGUACGAGUACGAGGAAUACGAUUCAUUCUACUAUAUCUUCUCUUACCUGCACCCAGACGACGUAUCCGCCAUGGUAGAGGACUCAGAUAACAUCCGACGCGCACGUCGGCGUCGUAUCAAGGAGAUCCAACAUGAGCGCGCGUCCUUGCCUCCUUCAAGGCGGUCGCCGAAUAACUCCACUCCUUUAGUCGCUGAGAGACCCCCGUCGCCUCCCGUUCCGCCCUCACCUCCGCGUCAGCAUCGUGAGGAUAGAAGAGAGGAGCGAAAAAGGAGGGAGCGUGAGCGAGAGCGAGACAGAGUGCCGGUCCGAGAGGAGGACAUUGCAAUUGAAGGGAGCGGCCGUUGGGCCCGGACCGGGCGGUGGUAG